CGGGUGUGCAUUCAACCUUUAUUGCAGCAAAAAUGUCCAAGUUACCGUGCAGCUACGAUGCGGAAAACAAGAUCUGGAAGGGUAUUCCACAGAACAACCCCUUCAAGCCGGAGACCUCUCUGGGUCGCAUCAUCUUCAAGAACAUGAGGAACUGGCCCAAGAACGUGUGUCAGAUUUCCGACUCCGAGGGUGUGGAGGUCACCUACGGACAGGCUCUCACCUGGGCUAUUCGCAUUGCCCAGCACCUGAAGAGCCGCGGUCUCGGCCACAAGGAUAUCAUUGGCAUCUCUGCUAGGAAUACCACCUACAUCAUGCCCACGGCCGUGGCCUGUUUCUUCCAUGGCACUCCCUUCCAGUCGGCCAAUCCCAUUCUCGAGGAAUCUACUCUCAAGCACCUGUACAACAUUUCCAAGCCAAAGAUCAUCUUCACCGAUGCUGAUCACUAUGACAAACUGUACUCGGCCACCAGCGAGUUCAAGCCAGAGAUUAUCCUAACCACCGGCACUCGGGAUGGUAUUCUCAGCAUUCAGGAUCUGCUGCAUCCGACAAAGACAGAGUUCUUCUAUCAGCCUACCCCGCUGAAGGAAGGUCCUUCGCAAACCGUUGCGAUCCUCACCUCAUCCGGAACUACAGGAAUGCCCAAGGCUGUGUGCAUCUCAAACGACAUUCUGAUCCAAGAGACAGUAUUUGUGAAUGGUUACGAUACCAUCUUCAUUUCGGCCAGCUUGGACUGGAUCACUGGGCUGUGGGCCACUAUCUUCAGCACGGUGAACGGAUGCACCAGGAUCAUCAGCAGCAAGCCCUUCUCCGCGGACUACUUUGUGUAUUUGGUGAGCAAGUACAGCAUCACGUACGCACUGAUUCCGCCGGAGCACUGCUGUUCCCUGCUGGACUGCCCCAGCGCCACUCCGGAGAAGUUGGGCAGCCUGACGAAGCUGAACUUCGGAGGCGGACGGAUGACACAGGCCACGGUUGAGAGGAUCAAGAAGCUUGCUCCUAAUGGUGUGCUGAACUCGUCUUACGGCAUGACUGAGGUGGGAUUCAUAGUGUUCAACCACGGACACUUAAAGCUCACCGCUGCGGGCAACCCAUUGCCCGGAAUCCAGGUUAAGAUCGUGGACGACGAUGGCAACCAACUGGGUGUGAACCAGACCGGCGAGAUCAUUGUGCACAACGGCUUCAGCUGGAACGGAUACUUUGCCGAUCCGGUGGCCACCAAGGAGAUGCAGGACGAGGGGGGCUGGUUCCACACGGGCGACAUGGGCUACUUCGACGAGGACGACUACCUCUACAUGACGGACCGCAAGAAGGAGGUGCUCAAGUGGAAGGGUCUGCAGAUGUGGCCCGCCGAGGUGGAGGCGGUCAUCGACGAGCUGCCGGAGGUGAAGCGGGUGUGCGUGAUCGGGGUGUACGACGAGACCCAGGGUGAUGUGCCUGGUGCCCUGGUUGUUCGGGAGGAUAAUGCCAAUCUGACCGCCCAGCAGGUGAUUGACCACGUGGCCAAGCGACUGCCCGACAUCCAGAAGCAGAUGCGAGCAGGUGUCCAGUUUGCCGACGAGAUUCCCCAGAACCACAAUGGAAAGGCCGUCCGUCGAUAUGCUCGCGAUCUCUUCGUCGCCUUGUCCAAGAAGAACUGAAAACCGAGAACUGCCGUGCUUUCGUUUGGAAUAAUUUAUCCUUGAUUAAGUUUAUUAAGUUAGGCAACCCGCUGUUCACUUUCUUUCGUCUUAAUUUGCCCUUCAAACCCAUUUGAAGGCGACGUUUAAUUCUGUAAAUAAUGUAUAUGUGCACAUUUAAAUAAACAAAAUGCUGAAGU